AUGUCGAAAGUAAAGGCAUUCAUUCACAAGCUCGAGGUCGACCAUCCUCCGGGGCUCACUAACACGGAGCUUUUCCUCAGUAACGAUGAUCUGCGACCUGUUCCCCCUCAUCAGCGAACAUGGAAGCACAGGAACUUUAUCGCCUUCUGGAUCGCCGACUGCUUCAACAUCAACACCUGGAUGAUUGUGUCCAGCAUGAUCACCAGCGGUCUUUCCUGGUGGCAAGCCUGGAUUUGUGUUUGGCUAGGAUACGGUAUCGUCUCACCGUUCAUCGUCGCCAAUGCUCGUCCCGGUGCUAUGAACCACAUCACGUUCCCGGUGGUCGCUCGGACAUCGUUUGGUAUCUGGGGUUCCCUUUGGUGCACAUUCAACCGCGGUGCAAUGGCGUGCAUCUGGUACGGUGUCCAGGCUAGCAUUGGUGGCUCCUGCGUGUACACGAUGCUAAGAAGCAUGUGGCCGAGCGUCGCCAACAUCCCCAAUGGCCUCCCAGCCAGUGCCGGAAUCGACACGAAGGACUUUAUGUGCUUCUUCCUCUUCUCCCUGAUAAACGCCAUCUUCAUCUGGUUCCCUAUGCACAAGAUUCGCCACCUCUUCACCGCCAAGGCAAUCUUUGCGCCAGCUGCUGGUAUCACUUUCUUCAUCUGGGCGAUUGUCAAGGCCAAGGGUGUCGGCCCUAUUGUUCACCAACCCGGUACCAAACAUGGAUCUGACCUGGGAUGGACGAUGGUUGUCUCUAUCAUGAGCUGCAUCUCAAAUAUGGCAACGCUCGUUGUAAACGCUCCAGACUUUGCUUCCCGUGCCAGCACUCCUAGCGCCGCCGUCUGGCCACAGCUCAUCUCCGUACCUGUCGGUUUCAGUAUGGUCAGCUUCCUCGGUAUCAUUGUCUCCUCCAGCUCCAGCGUCAUCUUCGGAGAAGCAGUGUGGAGCCCCAUCGCUCUUCUCAACAAAUUCCUCGACCCCGACCCGACUACCGGUCAUGGACCGAGUGGUGCCACACGCUUUGGUGUCUGGUUCAUCUCCGCGAGCUUCAUUCUCGCUCAAAUCGGCACAAACAUCUCUGCCAACUCAAUCUCCGCAGGAUGUGAUCUGACGGCUCUUCUUCCACGCUUCAUCAAUAUCCGCCGUGGUGGCUACAUCGCCGCCAUUGUUGGCUUGGCCAUGUGCCCGUGGAACCUCCUCAAGGAUUCAAACAGUUUUACUUCCUAUCUUUCCGCCUACUCGGUCUUCUUGAGCUCGAUUGCUGGUGUCAUGAUCACGGAGUAUUGGCUCAUUCGUCGUGGACAUUACCGUGUCACAGAUCUCUACACGACCCGCAAGGAUGGAUGGUACCACUACUUCCAUGGUAUCAAUCUUCGAGCUUAUGCUGGAUACAUCUCUGGUAUCCUAAUCAAUGUUGUUGGUUUCGCCGGUGCCACUACUGCAAAAGUGCCAAUUGGAGCAACUAACAUUUACCGAGUUUCUUUCUUCUCCGGCUUCAUCGUCUCGUCCACAAUCUACUUUAUUUGUUCCAAGAUUUGGCCCCCCUCCGGCUCCUUCCAAAAGUUUGAGGAAGUCGACGAGACCAAGUGGGAAGAGGAACACUUUGUCGAGAAGGACAAACGAAGAGACGAAGAAGCGAGCUUGGACGAAAAGGACAAGAGCAGCAACGAGGACGCAACAGCUGCCGAAGUCAGGCCCGUUCAAUAG